CGCGCUCCACGUUAUAGUUGAGCACAACGGCAAGAGCAGAUCCGCACAACUCAGCCGGACAGCGAGAGUUGAGCAAGAGGACGAGCCGUUCAUUUACCUGUCUUUACUCUCACGCGCUCCUUUUUUCAUUUUUAUUUUAUUAUUAGUAUUUGUUUAUUUGUAUUCGUUUUAUUGAUCCCACCAGCCAGUCUUUCGUGAAGCAUAUAAGAAGCGUGACGGCUCAGUUUAAGAGUUUGUGAUUUGUUUUUUCUUCGCGCUAGAUGGUCGUUCGCGUUCUACUCAGCCCACGGCAGCGGAUGAGGCUCGUGCAAGUUUGAAUCUCUGAGGAUUGGGGUCUCUGUGUUUGUGAGGGGUGGCGGGGGGGAUCCCGGACCGUUCCAGCAGUCUGUGGCCCGGUGGAUGCAUGUAGUGGACAGAGGGGCGUCCGUCCGCGUGUGAGGGGCUCGAUCGCUGUCCAGAAGUCUCCAACUCCGCGCGCGCCAUCAGCAUCCAAGCCCCGGGUGCCUCGAGCUCCGGGGGGUGAGGGUCUCGACCAUGAUCUCUCUAGGAAUACUCCUCAACCUGGUCUUCAUCAGGGGUUCACUGUCCUCGGUGAUUCCUCUGUUUCCGGGGACGCUGGACUGCGUGGAGGCUGUGGAAGAGUGCAUGUCUGAGCCGGAGUGUGAGAAGCUGUACCGGCAGCUAGAUUACUGUGUGGACGAGGAGGCGGUGGCCACGCUGACCCCUGACGCCCGGCAGGCCUGCAGCGACGCCCAGAACGCCCUGCUGCACUACCACAGCCUGCAGGAGUGCAAGUGCCAGCGCGGCUCACGCAGAGAGCCCACCUGCCUCAGAGUCUACUGGACCGUUCGAUUCCCACAGGGGUAUGAUGACAUUGAGACGUCCCCUUAUGAAGACAUUGAACUGGAGCUCGUAAGAAAUUCUGAAACAUCAAAACUGGCCUCAAUCGUAGCAGUCUCAUCUUUACCUCUGGAUGGACAGAACCGUUGUCUGAAGGCGGCUCAGGACUGCGGUCUGUUUGAGAAGUGCGGGGCUCUGCGCUCUGAGUACGUUCUGGCGUGCACUAAGCGCGUGGCGGGCUCGGAGCGGUGUAACCGUCAGAAGUGUCACCGGGCCCUGCGCAGGUUUCUGGAGCGCGUGCCAGAGGAAUACAGCUUCAGCCUGCUGUUCUGCUCCUGUAAUGACCCGCUGUGUGGAGAAAGACGGAGAAAGACCAUUGUACCGUCCUGCUCUUAUGAGGAGAGAGACACACAGCCCAACUGCCUUCACCUGGAGACCUUCUGCCUACGAGAUGACCUCUGCAGGUCGAGACUGGCUGAUUUCCAGCAGAACUGCCAGCCCUCCCCUCACUCACCCUCAGGCUGUCUGCGCGAGAGCGGCGCUGUGUGCCUGAAGGCGUACGCCGGGCUGAUCGGUACGAUCAUGACGCCGAACUACGUGAGCAACAGCAGUACGGAGGUGUCUCAGUGGUGUAACUGUGAAGGCAGCGGUAACAAGUGGCAGGAGUGCCUGCGUAUCCUCCACAUGUUCACCAGCAACGCCUGCCUGCGUAAUGCUAUUGAUAACAUGGGUAGCUCUAACCCUCGGCCUGUGGAGGGCACACCCCUCCCCCCUCCUCGCCCCUCCCCUCGCUUCCAACACGACGAGCUCCACGUAAGCCUGCUGUCGGACCUCAACUCGGUGGAGGAGAGUGAGGAGGAAAAGCAGGAAGAGGAGGAGGAAGAGGAAGAAAUGGAAGCAGCGGAGGAGUUCAAUGUCAUCCCCCCGUUUCUGGACAAGGCAACGGUCACUAACCUGGGAGGCACAGAGACGGGCAGAGUUCAAAGCCGGGCCUGUAGCACCCCUGGCCCAAUGCUAAUGCUAAUGCUGCUACUGCUGCUACUAACUACCCUCAGCUGGGGGUAGAAACCACACACACACACACAUACACACACACAUGCACACACUCAUACGUAUACAUAAACACACAUACACUUCUUACAUAUACUGUCCUCAAAUAACCACUCACACCCAGACUCUUAUAAAUAUAUAUAUAUACAUAAGACUUUAUACCGAGGGAUGGAGAGAACGAAAGAAAGAAGAAAGAGUGGGAUGAGAUGAGAAGAAAAGAAAGAGAAGAGAAGAGGAGGACAAGAAAGCCCUCUCCAUCCGCCGUCCUUUCUUUCACUCUUAGUUGCUCCUCCUCGCGAAGAGAGCCGUGUAUAGUUGCUGCUCUGGAAUCGCUCUGUGAAUCUGAUUCGUUUGAACCGCGGGUCGCGAUUCGCGACUCUCGACUCAUGACUCAUUGGACUGAAUAGAAUUGGACUGUAAUUGAGUGAAUCAGUGAAUCAGUAGUAUAAUGUAUCUAUUGUGUCAUUCAUCUCUGCUUCAAACGCACUGCUGAUGUUGGCUAAGCGUCAGUCAAUUCGGCAGGAUUUGCUACAUUGCUUUCCUCAAAUGACAUAUCUAUGAGUGCACAGCUUUCUCUUUUUUCUUCCCCUUUUCGGACUUAUUUUGCAUUUCCUUGUUGCUGAAGCUUAUAUGAGUGUGUAUAUGUGUGCGCGUGUGCGUGUGCAGGAUGUUUGCGCUUUGUCAACAUCAGAGGAAAACUCGUAGAGUAUAGAUUUGUGCGUCUUUCAUCUCUCGUACCUCUUUGUCUCAAGUCAGGUUUCCACACGCAUACACACACACACACACACACACACACACACACACACGCGCACACAAACACCAUGACCCUCCCUCGGUGCAGAUGCAAGCGCUUUUCCUUUAUUGCUCUAUCUGCGAUGUGCUUUAAUUUUUAGAGUCAGCACAGGCUGUGGACUCUAACCAGGGGCAUAAAUAACGAAAAAAAAAAACAACAAAAAAACACCACACCACCACCCGAACAAUAUGAGUAAUAAAGUCGAAAUAAAUAAAUAAACACGUGCGUAGUAAAUAAAUAAAUAAAUAAGUCAACGAAGAAGUGAGUGCACAGCAGGUGUUUGGAGGGGGGGGUCCAGUCUGGGUUUUUUGGAACCUGCGGGUGGGAGAGCGAGAGGGAAGUUAUUUGCCAGCCGCCUGUCGCUCCGUGCUUCAUGCCUUCGCUUUCCGUUUUCGCCGAGAUAAUGGCUUACAACGCAAACUGUUUAUCUUGUUGCACGUUCUGGUGAAGGGGAGGGGGGGGGGCGAAUUGCUUCUGAUGGGGAGGAGAAAUGGAACAAGGGAGGUGUAGGAAGAGAGAGAGCGAGAAGAGAGAAAAAAAGCGAGGAGAGCCCCUCCAGCACAAACAUACAGUUGAACAUCUCAUGCUCUUUCAGUUUUCCUAUGUCUUAUAAAUCUAUUGCUGACACUAAUGUUUUUUGCCUUCUCUCUCUAAACUCCCCUCUCCACCACCCUCCUCCUCUUCUUCAUUCCUUCUCUUCUUGUAUGUCUGAGGAAGCGAAAGCAUCUUUGCUUCCUUCCAGAGGGGGUUUAACGUAGGAGGGUUAUUAAAGCCCCCCUCCACUCACCCCCCCACCCCACCCCCCAUCCUCUACCAGCCACUAUUCUAGAAGCUCAGAGGAAUCUAAUGCAAGGUAAAGAGGUCAUACACUAUUCUCUCUGUGCUCCUGCCCAUCUUCUAUUGAGAAGAAGCGCCUGGCAUUACACCGCAUACACGUCUCAACAAUGAGCCGCCCAAAUGGAUCUAUUAUGCGGCCGGGGGAACAGCGCAGGCAGGGCUUUGAUUGAAGUGGCCGUUCUGCUUGUUGCCCUGUCCCGUCGACGGCCCUUAAUUAAGAAAAGGCGCGUUUGGGGCAGCGGAGAUUGACACGUCCGUCUGAAAACGCUGGUCAGCCUCUAUGAUGACUGUUGUUAUUUUUUAAUUGUUUCUCGGCCCCGCUUUGUCAUCGGAACGAGCGUGGGGCGGUGAAAGAAGGCCGAUGUCGGAGGACAAGAGGGUCUGUGGCUUACAUGAAUACGUUUCGGAUAAAUAAACAAAUAAGCCAUGCAUUAAAUAAAGACACAUUGCAAGGCGUCUCCAACGAGAGAGGGAUAGAGAUGGAGAAAGAGGUGUGGUGAAUGAGAGAGAGAGAGAGAGAGAGAGAGAGAGAGAGAGAGAGAGACUAAAUGCCUUCUCUGCCGUCUCCCAGUGCAUGUUUAUUUGCGUGGAUGGCAUUACAACAGUGUCUGGACCCAUCCCGAGCUUUAUUUAAUAUUAGCCCCUCGUCCCUGAGAUCGGGCAUCCAUCUAUGGGUACGUGCGUGCAUGGGGCCUCUGAGGGUUCAGCGCCAACGAAGAGAGGGAAACAGAUGCAGACUGGAGCAAGAGAACAGAGGAGAGAUAAAAAAAACAACGAGGCAAAGGGAGGGACUUGGAGAAGAGAGAGUGAGGAGCAUGAGUUUGCAUCAGAGAGAGAGAGAGAGGGAGAGAGAGAGAGGCAGAAAGCUUGGGAGAGGAUUAGGAGUUCUAAGAGAGAGGAAGAGAUUGCAUGUGAAAGAUUCGGGGGGAAAAAAGUCAGUGAGGGAGAGAGAGAUAGACUGUGCAUCAGCAGCACUGAAAUGAGCUUCAGUAGUGGAGCCUACAGCCUGCAAAAUAAAUCAGGACUGGCUGACUACAUCACUAAUGCUACUAUGAGCCCCGAGGUUUGCCCUUCUCUCCGACAUGCUCACUCACUCACUCCCUCAUAUACACUGUACCUCUUUCAGGCACUGUCUACAGCUUUUAGAUGUUUGGCUCACUC